ACAAAAGUCCAGACACACAUAUCAUAUAUACAAAUAUUCAUCUCCAUCUCCUGUUUGAUAUUAUUACUUUUUCUUAAUGCAGAUCUUUUCUAAAAAAUUUGAAUUCAAAACUCUCUAAGAAAUGGGUUGUUGCAUCAGCAAGUGCUCUCCAAAGACGAAAGAUUUCAAACAAGCAGAUGAACCUGAAGUCAAGUACUGUUAUGUUCCAGAGAAGCUGUUUAUGUCGCGGUGUCCAAGCCGUGUUUCUCCACUCCUUCUUCCCGAGAAGAACCGGUUUAAUCCUAUCCCUCUCCCGGACAAGUUUAUUCAUGUCCCGGAUAAACUCCCUCCUCCUCCUUCUCCUCCAGUAAAGCCGGCAUGUUUCUCUCCAAUCCAACCUUCAACCACAAGCAACUCUUCUCUCAGCUCAUCAAGCUCGUCGCUUUCCACCGCUUCUUCAAUCUCGGUCUCUAAGGAGAGAUCUUUCUCCAACGAUUUCUUGCGUGCUUGUUACCAAGAGAAUUCUCAUGUUGCUCGGAUCAAUUCCUUACGAGAAGCUUCUCUUUCUAUGAAAACCACAAAACCGGAAUAUCCUAGCCGGUCUGAUUCCCGGGUUAUAUCAAACCGUUAUUCAACAACACCAAACAGAGCAAAUGAGAAUCCUAAAAGAGGAUCCAAUGGCUCUAAGAGAACACGAGAGCCAUCGCCAAACCCUCGUUCAUUGACACGACAAAAGAGCUUUCGUCAAGAUCAAGAAAGAGUUGUUAUGUCUAUUUCAUCGAAUUCUUUAACCAAGGGUAAGCUCUUGAAAUCUCCAUCUCCAAGCAGGAGAUAUGAAGGCAAUUUCUUGAAAUCACCAUCUCCAAGCCGAAGAUUUGGUAUGGCUGCGGCUGAUUUGACGGUAAACUCAGUCUCUUCUCGUGUAAGGAAAGAUAGUAUAGAUCUAUAUGGUGCAAAGACUACUUGUCAUAAAAGCAAUAGAUCAGAGACUCGGAUUCAUCGUAUUAUAAGUUCUAAGAUCAACGAAACAAUGAUCAGAGAAGUAGCAGCAAACCAUAAGGAACAAGUGGUGGUUCCAAUGGAUGAAGAAGUUGGCAAUCCUCUCAUUGAUUUGGAUUGCUUUAUCUUUCUUUAAGAAGAACCUUUUGAUUUUAUUUGUAUGUUGAGGAUGUGUUUGUGUGUGAACAGAUAGGUUCUGUUACAUUUCCUUUUUUGUCUCGCUUUUGUUUUGUUUUAUUUAUUAUAGGUUUGUGAUGGUCAGGUAGAUCAAAACUCUCAUACUACUUACUUUUUUUCUUUCUUUCAAAAAAUCUACUUUUAUAUGUAUGCAUUUGAAAUAGUUUGGAUUGAAUACAGCUACGGGAGCUUGUUA